CAACUUUUCUUUUAAAAAAAAUAGAUAGACUCUAGCGCAAGAAACCUUUGCUUAACAUAAGUAAUUUCAUCGCCUUUUUACACCUUUUCGAAAACCCCAUAAUCUCUCUCUCUCUCACACACACUGUCUAACUAUCCGAUCUGCUAUUGAAGGUUAACAAUAUGAAGCUUGACACAAGUGGUCUUGAAUCAACCGCGCCGCUUUUUCGGUCUAGCAAUGUCAUAUUUGAUGGCUUGCAGAUGACUCCAUCCUUUGAGCUCCCCAAUGCUCUCGAUUUUGAUGGAUUUCAGAAGGAUGCUAUACAGAUGGUGAAGCCUGCGAAGGGGACUACAACUCUUGCUUUUAUUUUUAAACAUGGUGUCAUUGUUGCUGCUGAUUCCCGAGCCAGCAUGGGAGGAUAUAUAUCGUCUCAAUCUGUGAAGAAAAUCAUUGAAAUCAAUCCCUAUAUGCUUGGCACCAUGGCUGGUGGAGCUGCUGACUGCCAGUUUUGGCAUCGUAACUUGGGCAUCAAGUGCCGGUUACACGAACUAGCAAACAAGCGAAGAAUUUCUGUCACAGGUGCUUCGAAAUUGCUGGCGAACAUUUUGUAUAACUACCGGGGCAUGGGUCUUUCUGUUGGCACAAUGAUUGCUGGUUGGGACGAAACGGGGCCUGGUCUGUAUUACGUGGACAGUGAAGGAGGACGUCUCAAAGGAAUGCGGUUCUCUGUUGGUUCUGGUUCACCAUAUGCUUAUGGUGUUCUUGACAAUGGGUACCAAUAUGAUAUGACCGUUGAAGAAGCAUCAGAGCUUGCCAGAAGAGCUAUUUACCAUGCCACAUACCGUGAUGGAGCUAGUGGUGGAGUUGUCAGUGUUUAUCAUGUCGGACCUGAUGGAUGGAAGAAGCUCACUGGGGAUGACGUUGGAGAACUUCACUAUCAGUAUUACCCGGUUGUGCCUGCCACAGUAGAGCAGGAAAUGGCUGAAGUAGGUGCAGCUUAAGACUGGAUGUGGAAGAAUACGUAUCUUCUAGUUGCCGUAGAAGUGCCGAAUGAUGUAAUGCUUUAAUCAGUUGGGUGAAUUGCCCUUAACGAGGUGACUCUCUGCAGUUCCCUGAUGAUUUAUUGAGUUCUCAUGUGAACAGAACCAGCUGUAUGUUAUAUUGUACUGCAAAACUAACACUUUGAGGUUGUAGUCAUAGCUUCAAUGAAUUGCGCUUGGGUUCUGCAGAGAUUCUUAGUGAAAACUGAAAGUGAAUGCUUUGAGAUGUUACCUCCUUUCAGGUUUCAUGCGCUUUCUAGUGAAACUUUUUCAUCUCUUUAAUUUAUUGUCAUCAAAUGAUACUAUUUUUUUUUCUUUUCUAUUAUGUUUAUAUAGGGUUCGUUCAUUGUUGUGA